AUGACUGCUAAAACAGCUAAGAAGAAUCAAACAAGUGAAAGUGAUUGGCUAAAAAAGGACAGCAAUCAUUUCGAACUGAAAUCUCCUCAUGAUAGACUUCGUUUGCUCGGAAAGUUUUGGCCUGUUAAUGAACCUCGUGCAGUGAUACUCUUCGUACAUGGCUCAGGUGAACACAGUGGACGAUACAAACAUGUGGCAGAAUUUUUCAACGAACAUAAAGUCGCAUGCGUAACAUAUGAUUUACGUGGCCACGGUGUUUCUGGCGGUGAACGAGGUUUUACACCUAGCAGCGAUGCUCUAUUUAUUGAUCUCGAAUGUGUCGUCAAUUUUGUGCGCAGUAACUUUUCUCAUACCAAGCCAUUAGUGCUUUAUGCACAUGGAACAGGAUGUUCUAUUUGUAUUGCACAUAUUCUUAAACGAUCUGAUCGGUUACUUGACUAUCAAUAUCUUAUUUUGAGCACGCCAUCCAUAUGUUUGAAAAUGCGUCCAACACGGACGCUUUUUUUCAUAGCACGUGCUUUUUCUAAUUUGAGUCCUCAUUUGCGUUUGCCAAUCGAGGGAAAUAUGCAUAAUGUAUAUACCAACGAUGAAGCCAUGGUGACAGCUUAUAGGACAGACCCAUUAGUUCACGACCGCUGGCCCGCACGAAGUUUAUGCGUAUUUCUUGAACUCGGUCACCUAUUAGAAACAACACCUGUUCAAUUUUCUGUUCCAGUAUUGGUACAACAUGGCAAGGAUGAUACUGUCACACCAUUCGAAACAAUUAAAAAAUGGAAAGAAGAACGGGUUAAGGGAGAUGAUGUCGAGUUAAAAAUAUGGCCUGACCAUAUGCAUGAAUUGCACAAUGAUGUGGGCAGAAUAAACGUUUUGAAUUACGCUUUGGAGUGGAUUUUAAAGCAUUUAGAUUCAAAUCAAAAUCAACAACAAGAACACUGA